GAUUCGUAAAUGGUUUACAAUAUCUUUGAAGAGCCGCGCCAUCAUAUUUCCCUCCAGAAACGUGAAUUUGAGAUCGAAAAUUUUCAAAUUAGUAGCGAACAAAGCAACAAACAAAAAGAUUCAACUGACGAUCACCGGAAAGUGGUGAAAUCAUCGAUAAUCGACAAUGGCUCAAGCCGCAAGACUCAAUCUCCGGAUGCAAAAAGAAGUCAAACUCCUCCUCACCGACCCACCUCCCGGUGCUUCUUUCCCUCACCUCUCUCCCACCUCCGAUCUUUCUUCCUUCUCUCUCACCGCCAUCGAUGCCCAGAUCCAGGGUCCCGAAGAUACAGUUUAUGAAAAGGGGGUUUUCAAGAUUAAGAUCCAAAUACCCGAAAGGUACCCAUUUCAGCCCCCUAUUGUAACGUUUGCCACUCCUAUUUACCACCCAAACAUCGACACAGGAGGCCGAAUCUGUCUUGACAUUCUUAACCUCCCUCCAAAGGGUGCAUGGCAACCAUCUUUAAACAUUUCUACUGUUCUAACAAGCAUUGGAUUGUUACUGAGUGAACCCAACCCUGAUGAUGGCCUAAUGUGUGAAGCUAGCAAAGAGUAUAAAUACAACAAACAAGUCUUUGAUCAAAAGGCACGAUCCAUGACUGAAAAAUAUGCCAAAUCUGAUACUUCAGGGUCAAAGUCAAACACAGGGGUAAAUGAGGAACCUUUAAAUUUAACCCCCCAGUCACAAAUUCAAGAACCAAAGCAAGAUUUGAAAGAUUUUCCAUUUGAUCAUAAUGAUCAAGAUAACAUACAAGAACCGAUUAGGUCAAAAAAACUAUGUCUUUCUGGCAAGAAUCUACAACAAGAAGCCAUGGAUUCAACCAAAGACUCCAUUGAUGGAACUUGCUUUACAAACCCUAAAAGAAAGAAGCUUGGUUUGAGUGGAAAGAAACAAUCUUUAGGGCUUUUAAGCAUACCCCAGAAUAAAGAAAAUGAUUAUAAUGGGAAAACGGGUUCAUGUGGUGGAAAUAACAUGUCAAAGGUGCCACAAGAUGAUAAUGGAAAGCCUACAAAGUUAAGAAAGCCACUUCAAGUUAUGGAAGAAAAUGAUAAUCAUAACAUGAAGGUAAAAGUAGACCAUGGAAAUUCGACUACAAGUGAUUUGAAAGAUUGUGGUGAAAGAGCAGAAGGAGAGGGAUUGUGUGAUUUAGGGGAAGUGAUUGUAUUGGAUAGUGAAGAUAGUGAAGAGGAAACAACAAACACCAUGAAAUCUAGACGUUUGAUUGCAAGAAAGAGGUUGUUGGGUAAAUAUUAAGCUUUGGAGAAGUGUUAACAUUAACAUUGUUUUCAAGUUUGAUAAAGAACACUACUUUUUGCUUUGUUAUCACUUAGUAUUUCUCAUACUAAAAAAUGAACUUUUAAUGUUUUUAUGACUCUUUUUGUAUUAUUAUUAAGUCGGAGAUGAUGGUGGAAAUGAUAUAUAUGGAUAGAAGUUUGAUUUCA